CACAAGGAGUACACACACACACACACACAAUGACUUGCUUCUUCUCAAAGACAUUCAUUGCACUAUUAGUCCUUUUCUUGACAAAUUGUCUAUACAUUGAAGCUCAAAAAUGCAACCCUAAUGGUAUAGUUAAAGGUAAAAGUCCUUCAGGGCGUUGCAAGCACGAGGAUGACUUAUGUUGUGUGCCAGGUAAAAAAUAUCAGACAUACAAAUGUUCACCGCCGGUAUCUAGUCACACGAAGGCAUAUCUCACUCUUAACAGUUUCGAAAAAGGUGGAGAUGGUAACGGCCCUUCAACUUGUGACAACAAGUAUUAUUCCGAUGAUACGCCUGUGGUGGCACUUUCCACUGGAUGGUUCAAUACUAAGAGAAGGUGUCUUCACAACAUCACCAUAAGUGGAAAUGGUCAAAGUGUGGUUGCAAUGGUAGUUGAUGAAUGUGACUCAUCAAAGGGGUGUGAUGCAGAACAUGAGUAUCAACCUCCAUGUGCCAAUAACAUUGUUGAUGCUUCAAUGGCUGUGUGGAAAGCCUUAGGUGUCCCAAGGAAUCAAUGGGGUGGGUUGGAUAUUACAUGGUCUGAUGCUUGAUCCUCCAAAAUGAAUGCAAUUUUUAUUUAUAUUUGUUUCUGUUCUGCGAGGUUUUCUUAGUUUUUACUUUUUUUCCUGU